AUGAAAGAGACCCCGCAACCAACUGCACGGCUAGAUGUAUUUAUGCCUAGCUUGCUCCUUGAUAUCUGCUCAUCAGACAUCCACUUGCACUUACUCCUACGACCGGUUUGUAAUAGGCACAAGAUGGCCCAUGUAGCAGAGAAAAAACACGAGCGUAGCUGCCUCGCUGAUGCGCUGCCGGCGACGAACGGUGCUGACAACCUCACUGAGCUCAUCCAGUCGCUGCCCGUCGAGAAGCGGUUACUGCUGCCGCCCGCCGGCUCGCAGAGGCGACAGUACCGUGGGUACUGGUUCCCGGAGUGGCACCUGUCGGCCCUGGCGGCUGUCCGUGACCACUUCGAGCCCAAGCCAACGGACAUCUUCCUGGUGAGCUGCCCCAAGUCCGGCACCACCUGGCUUAAAUCACUGGCCUUCGCCACCGUGCAUCGUGAUGUCCACCCGCCGUCCAGCCGCGAGCACCCUCUCUUGCACAAAAACCCACAUGGCUGCGUCGAAUUCAUCCACGCAAUCUAUCGGCAACCGGUCGACGUUGCGCGGGGCAUCGUCGAGGCGUACCCUUCGCCGCGCAUCUUCGGCACCCACUUCCCCUUGUCCUUGCUGCCGGAGCACAUCAGCGGCGAUGGCAGCGGGUGCCGGAUCGUCUACAUCUGCCGGGACCCCAAGGACGUGGUCGUCUCGUGGUGGUGGUUCAUGCGCACCUACGUCCCAAACCCCGAGCAGCUCCAGUUCGAGGAGGUGUUCGAUUUGUUCUGCGAGGGCCGCACAGGCGCGGGCCCUUAUUGGCGCCACGCCCUCGAGCAUUGGGAGGAGAGCCGGAGAAGGCCUGACAAGGUGCUGUUCCUCAAGUAUGAGGAGCUGCUGCGAGACCCGCAUGGUAAUCUUAGGAGGCUGGCGGAGUUUUUGGGGUGCCCCUUCUCUGAGGCGGAGGAGAAAGCCGGUGUCAUGGAUGCCAUCUUGGAGCUCUGUAGCCUGGACAAGCUAAAGAAGCUGGAGGUGAACCAGAGCGGCAACAAGUUGAAGGACGGACCCGUGAUGAACCAUUCCUUCUUCAGGAAGGGGGUGUCCGGUGACUGGAUCAACACCAUGACGCCGGAGAUGGCGGCACGGCUCGAUGCAAUCGUCCAACAAGCACUGCAAGGCACUGGAUUUGGCUUUGGCAUCUCCACGCAACACCGCUUCCGCCGCAGAUCCAUAGUCCCCAAGCUGGAGUACUACCUGCCCCUCUUCGGCUCCUUCCACAGCUUCCUCCGGGCGUCCCAGCGCGCAUGCUACCUUCUCUCAUCGGACCUCGACAAGGUGGUCAAGCCCAAUGUCAUGUUCCUGCGGGAAUGCGGGCUAGCUGAUUGCGACAUUACCAAGCUGUGUAUCUCUGAGCCGAGGUUGCUCGGCAACAAACUGGAACGCGUCCAGGCAAUGGUGGCGCGCGCCGAAGGUCUGGGCGUGCCCCGUGGCUCGGGGAUGUUCAAGGUUGCGAUACAGGCUGUCGCAUUCCUCAGCGAGGAGAAGAUCGCCAACAAAGUGGACUACCUGAAGAAGACGUUCGGUUGGUCGGAUGCUGAGGUGGUCGUUGCUUUGUCUAUGGCUCCAAUGUUGCUGAAUAGGUCAAAGGACAUCCUGCAGCGCAGGUUCGAGUUCCUUGUCUCUGAGGUGGGCUUGCAACCGGGGUACAUUGCUCAUCGGCCGGUAUUCCUCUAUUAUAGCCUGGAGGGCCGGAUCAAGCCCCGGUGCUAUGUUCUAAAGUUUCUCAAGGAAAACAGAUUGCUCGAUCGCGACUGGAGCUUCUAUACUGCAGUCACUAGGCCUGAGAAGUAUUUCAUCAAGAAGUGUAUAUGCCCUUACAAGGAAUCUGCACCACACCUCGCUGAAGACUAUGCGGCAGCUUGCAGAGGGGAAAUGCCAAGUAAUUUCAGAUUUACUUGA